CACAGUUCAUUGUUAACAAAGCAAGUUGUCAGGAAACCCUCAAUAACAUUUAAAAAGAGGGAUAGCAUUGCUGUGCUGCCGUGGAUGUGCUGCUCGUGAUGUAAUGGCUGGCUGGAGUGGUCAGGUACAUGAUGUUUGAGAGGUUGACCAUGCUGAAUAUCCAGAGCACCUCAAACUGGAGUGGAGCAAAUGACUGGUACCAUCAGCAGAACACAGUUCCCAGCCAGCACAGCACUGAUGGCUGCCUGGUGGGGACGGAUGGGAGGAUGGCAGGAGAAGGAGGGCAUGUGGAAAGAGAUGAGGGAGAAGAGUCUCGACUGAGGCUGCAGCUGAAGAGGAAACUUCAGCGCAACAGAACCAGCUUCACAACAGAGCAGAUCGAGGCCUUGGAUAAGGAGUUUGAGAGAACACAUUAUCCAGAUGUUUUCGCACGGGAGCGACUCGCACACAAAAUCGACCUUCCAGAGGCAAGGAUACAAGUGUGGUUUUCCAAUCGAAGAGCCAAAUGGAGGCGCGAGGAGAAGCUUCGAAACCAGAGGCGGUCUGGAGGCGGGACUUCCUGUGCUCAAACACACGCUUCACUGAGCACAUCCUUUAACUCAGCUGUCUAUCAUCAUCCGCAUGGCAACAGUGCAGCCUCCAUGUUCAGUCAGAGUGACACGGCUCUCCCCAGUUACAACACUCUGUCAGUCUACUCUGGGGUUCAGUCGGCUCCUUCUCCAUCUGCCUCCUCAUACUCGUGCAUGCUGCCUCCAUCCCCAUCUGCCCCUCGCUCUUUUGAGACGUCAUACUCCUCUCCCCAUCUACCACCUCCUCCUUCAGCAAACACCAGCGCAGGUUUGAUUUCUCCAGGCAUUUCUGUACCUGUCCAGGUACCAGGAAAUGAUCAAAAUAUGGGGCAGUAUUGGGCCAUACUGCAGUGAAAAGAAAAGGCGAGGUAGAAUUUGCAUUAGAAUACUAAAUAUGUAUGUUUACAAAAGGUCAAAAACUAAAUGUUCUAAACGCUGAGGGAAAUAAUCCUCUGAUGGUUAAACCUAAAGAACAAAAUUCCUUAAUUUGACAUGCACAUUUAUUUUAGCCAUAUUUUUAGAUCUGAUGACAGUGUGCUAUAUUUGCUUCCAUUCAAUUUCAGACAGACAGGAAUGUAUAUGAUUUACAUGAUGAAGCAUUGUGCAAUGACAUUCGUGCUGUUUUUUAGCAAAUGUCUCUUGCAGUAAGUUCCUGCAGCAACUUUGCAGAAUUGCGGAUAUUAUGAUGUUUUAAUAACAUAACUGUGGUUUCAACUUCUUUAAUGAUAAUUCCUCAUUUCUCCACUGCAAUUUUCCCUUUAAAGUCAUUUAUUUGUUGUGAUCAUUUUCAUAAUCAGAUAUGUGAUAUAUCACUUUUUAUGAAAUGUUUUUGACCUUAUCCUUUCACAAACCUCAGUAAGCUUGUGACAAUCAAGGCAAAUGCCAAGUUCAAUCAGAGCAGGGACUGAAAGCCAGUCAUAUUUGCACUUAAUCAAUGACCAGUAAACAGCUGUUUGAUUUAAAAAGCAGAAAGCAGUGACUAUCACAUCAGUGAAUACUAUAUGCAAAAAUCUCCAGCAUAUCUCAUCUGGCAAGCCAAAGUAUUUAUAUUGAACAUAGUGUCAUACAGUAUAUAUUUAUGACUCUGAGAAAAUGUUUGAAUAUUAGGAAACUAUCUCUGUGCUUAAACUACAGUUUAUGGAUUUUUUAUGCUCUUUCUCUCUUUGUGUGUGUGUGUGAAGGAGAGAGAGAAAUAAGGAUUUACAAUGAAAUUGCUUCUUUUUCAUUCUUUUAAAAUUAACAACACACUUUUUGAUUCAAAUUUUAUCAGCACAACAUGAAAAGUUGAACUGAAAAAUUAACAUUAAUUUCAGACUGUUCAGAAUCUCGCUUUUUAUUUAAUGACAGCCACGCUUAAAGGAAUAGUGCACCCAAAAAUGAAAAUCUGCUAAAAAUGUGCUCAUCCU